ACAGCGACACAGCAGAGGCGAAAGGGGAACGUUUGUGGACACUUGACAGCUUCCAGAGACUGCUAUGACAUCUCGCAGGUGGUUCCACCCCAACAUCACCGGAAUCGAGGCAGAGCAGCUCCUGUUGACCCGGGGCGUCCACGGCAGUUUCCUGGCCCGGCCCAGCAAGAGCAAUCCGGGGGAUUUUACCCUCUCUGUCAGGCGCAACGAUGAGGUGACCCACAUUAAGAUCCAGAACUCAGGUGACUACUACGACCUGUAUGGAGGCGAGAAGUUCGCUACGCUGGCCGAGCUGGUGCAGUAUUACACCGAACAACAGGAUCUGCUGCGCGAGAGGAACGGCCAUGUCAUCGAGCUCAAGUACCCACUCAACUGCAAGGACCCCACCUCUGAGAGGUGGUACCAUGGGCAUCUGUCUGGGCGAGAUGCAGAGAAACUGCUCACAGACAAAGGCAAAGCUGGGAGCUUCCUGGUACGGGAGAGCCAGAGCAAACCGGGCGACUUUGUCCUCUCAGUUCUCACCAAUGAGGAGAAACACGAGAACGUGGACCGCAGGACCAAGGUCACCCACGUUAUGAUACGCUACCAGCAGGACGGUAAAUAUGAUGUGGGAGGCGGCGAGAGGUUCGACACCCUGGCUGACCUGGUGGAUCACUACAAGAAGAACCCCAUGGUGGAGAAAAGUGGAAUCGUAGUGCACCUCAAACAGCCCUUUAAUGCCACAAGGAUAAAUGCAGCCAACAUUGAGAACCGGGUACGAGAGCUCAACAAAGUAGCAGACAACUCUGAGAAACCCAAACAAGGAUUCUGGGAAGAAUUUGAGGUACUUCAGCAGCAGGAGUGCAAACUGCUGUAUCCCCGGAAAGAAGGCCAGAAGCCAGAAAACAAGAGUAAAAACAGAUACAAGAAUAUCCUCCCGUUUGACACAACGCGAGUUGAACUCAGGGAAGCAGAUCCAGAUGUUCCUGGUUCAGACUACAUCAAUGCCAACUACAUCAGAAGUAUUCAUGAAGAGGGCCGGCAUGUGGAUGAGGGCAAAGUCUUCAUCGCCACCCAAGGGUGCCUACAGAAUACAGUCAUCGACUUCUGGAAGAUGGCGUAUCAGGAGAAUACACACGUCAUUGUUAUGACCACGAAGGAGAUGGAGCGAGGACGGAACAAAUGUGUACGUUAUUGGCCCGACCUCCACUGCACCAAGGAGUUUGGGAAGGUGCUGAUAAGGAACGUGGACGAACGGCCAGCACAGGACUACAUCCUGAGGAAGCUGGAGGUGACCCGACUAGACCGGAAGGAGCUUCCGAGGUACAUCUGGCACUACCAGUACCUGAGCUGGCCGGACCACGGAGUGCCCAACGAGCCCGGCGGUGUCCUCUGGUUCCUAGAGGAGGUCAACCGCACCCAGAGUACCAUUCCAGACACUGGACCCAUUGUCGUCCACUGCAGUGCAGGUAUCGGCAGAACGGGCACCAUUAUCGUCAUUGACAUCCUUAUUGACAUUAUUAACCGCCAAGGUCUAGAUUGUGACAUCGACAUCCCCAAGACCAUCCAGAGGGUACGGCAGCAGAGGUCAGGCAUGGUGCAGACAGAGGCCCAGUAUAAGUUCAUCUACAUGGCUGUGCAGCAGUACAUCGACACGGCUCAGAAGAGACUGGAGGAGGAGCAGAGGAAUAAGAUGAAGGAGAGGGAAUAUUCCAACAUCAAAUAUCCCCAGAUGACCAACUCGAGGUCCAAAUCCAACAUGACAUCCUCGCGCUCCUCCUCAGUGAUGACAAACGACGAUUCAUCGAGUGUGUACGAGAACAUAAACUUUAAAACUCCUCAGACGUCUUUUAGCAGUAACACCAGGAGGUAAAACCAUCGCUGUUGACCUCCACAUUUCUCUGUCUGCCUCUCUUUUCAGUGGAGGUGUCGCUUCAUCAGCGCCUGAAUAUCCCUUGGGGGAGGAGGGAGUGUGUUGCUCUGUCUACACCCCACAUCAGUGGACCCUGCUGGAGCUGAAGGUGGCCAGCUGACCACCCCCC